AUGUCAGCCAUCCAACGACUCGAAUCAAACGGGCCGGAAGAGCCUGCCGCGCUCCCGCAAGAGCCAGCGUUCAGCAGGGAGGACCUGCAGUCGGCAGUGGCAGCGCAUCUACGCGACUCGGGGCGGCUGGCGUCCAUCAUCGCCAACUCGACGACAUCGCGUUCCGUGUCGCAGUCGCAGGUGAUGACGACCAUGUCGAAACGGUUGGUUCCGGUCACAGGCUGGACCGCGGCAAACCCGGAGGAUCGUAGGGAGCUGGUGCUGGAGGACCGCACCAUGCAAGCGCUCCAGGACGAGUUCGCGAUCGUUUUCGAGGACUUGUUGACGGACUCCAAGACCGUUAAGGUCGUAGAAAAGGUCACCGCCAAGGGACGCACUAAGAUUGCCAACGACAGAAGCGUGGCGGUACUGCAAAGCGGCGACGAGCUGUGCUUCCACCUUGCCUAG